AUGCCGGUCGCUGAUCCCAACACCACACCUGCGGCCACCAAAGCCAGUCAUGAUGCGGAGGAACUCGCCUAUUACAAAGCCCAAUAUGAGCAACUAGAAGUUGAGCUUGCCGAAUUCCAGGCAUCCAGUCGGGAACUGGAGGCUGAGUUGGAAAAGGAUAUUGAGGCAUCUGAGAAACGGGAGCGACAUCUGAAAGGUAAAGUCGAGACUUUGUCGUAUGAGGUGGAGGAAUGGAAGACCAAAUACAAGCAAGCCAAAGCUGAGGCCAGCUCAGUUCAGAACACCCUUCAAAAGGAAAUCACUAGCUUGCGAGAGGGAAAUCGAGCGUUACAAUUGAAGCUAAGAGAUAUUGAAGUCGCAAACGAUGAUUAUGAGCGUCAGGCUCGAAACACAACGUCGUCCCUGGAGGACCUGGAAUCGAAAUAUAACAUGGCGAUCGAGCGCGCUGUACUUUUAGACGACGAAGUCAAGGCCGGAGAACAAGAACGAGAAGCGCUGCGCAUUGAGUCUCAGCGCUUGCGCGACGAACUUUCAGACCUGAAAAUCGAGGCCGACAUCAUCACUGACAAGCUUCGGAAAGCUGAGAACGAGCUCAACCGUCGUCGCAAACAGCCCGCUUUGCUUGAUCCAUCUGUUGCGCAUGGUUCUCAAAAUGCCGAAGCUGGUCAGCACUCCCCUGUAACCACCUCCUCGUCUCCAACCAUGAACACGCCUCCUGCAAAGUCCGUGUCAUCCGCGACAUCAGAUGCCAUCACGCCCCCUUCGCCCUCUGCUUCAGAGUCUUCGGUCAGUGUGCGCAAACAAGGCGCAGAAGGCGGCUUCAGCGGCACACGAGUCUCGCUUGGGAAGACAGCCCCUCACUCGGCCUAUGCCAGACACACUCGCACGCCGUCAAUUCCUCAGGCCAAUGGAUACUCUACCCCAUCCAUGUUCCGUCAGAGUACUUCAAGGAUGAGCUCAUCUGGUAUCCCUCGUUCUGGUUCGCUGUAUCAAAUCCGAGGCCUGAUUGGAAAAAUGCAAAAACUCGAGGAGCGAGUACACUCGGCUCGUUCGCGAUUACCUGCUCCUGUGGAGACACCGACUGGUAUGUCGCCUCGAACACCAUCCGCUGCUGGCCAGAGUUCGAUACCUUCAUCUGUCACACUCCGCAAGAGUUCACGUAAGCGAACAAGUACGGGUAGCGCAAAUUCAUCAGUGCGGGACGGAGAUACCUCUAGUUACCCCUCAUCAUUCCUUCCGCAAAGUCGUCAGUCGUUUGGACGUUCGAAUGACAGUCGACCAAGCAGUCGUACGAGCUUUUCAAGCCGUAGCUCUAUCGGGCCAGGGAACUAUGCAAGUUCAAUAGCGCCGUCACGGCCAGACAGCAGGCAAAGCCGAGCGCGAACGCCGCUUGGCCAUUAUUCGACCAACCCAACAACGGAGAGUCGACGUCCACGGUCUUCCAUGAGCUCAUACUCCCAGAACCAUGCACCAGCUAAGAGCAUGACGUUUAUUGAAGAAGACGUUGACAUUCCAACCCCUACACCUCGUCGAGGCACUCUCGAUCAAGGACAAUUCCGUUCGUCGAUUCCUGCACCUGGAAGUCUGAAAAAGCGGCCUAGCAGCAUCGGGCAGAGGACGACAACUAUACCUACGCCGCGACGGGUGACAUCCAAAAUCGAUGUACAGAAAAGGGAACCGAAAGCAAGCGGCGAGGAGCCUUUGAAAUUGGAAGAUCUUGGCGAGACCUACUAA